AUAAUCAUGCCGCAGCAAGAGAGAGGGAGAGAGAUUCUUCCCGUUUCCUCACUCCCAUCCCCACUAUCUCCCACCCCACACACGCCGUGGGCACCUUGCCCUACAGCCAAGCAAGCGCAACGUCCCACCUAUCUCGCCUAUCCAUCCAAAAACAUCCGUCCGUCUUGCACCCCCAUGCAUUCGUCCGUCUCGAUCAGCACAGCAUGCCGACAUCGCCGCCGUCGCUCCUGGACCUCCUGAGCCCCUCCCCUCCUGCUCCUGAGGCGGCGGCGUCGUCUGGACACGGCGGCGCCACGGUGGUGCAGGUGGUGCCGAUGGACGUCUCCGAGGAGCUGCUGGGCAAGUUCAUGGAUGCCAGCGAGUUCGGCUUCGACUACGACAGGAGCGGCCUCUGGUCCCCGCUCGUGCUGCUGCGGCCGGAGGUCCUCGCGCUCGCCUCGGGCCGCGCCAAGCGCCCACGCCCGCGCCGGAGCUGGAGAAGGAAGAUGUUUUGCUGCUGGUGACAUGCAGCAUGCGCCAUUUGUGUUUCGGGCAAUUGGGAUGUUCAUAGAUCAUUCCGCAGUUUAGGGAGACUUGCUAAUCGAUGUAUUUACGCGGACAUUACUACUCUCUGUAAGAAAAUAGGGACUUUAACCCUGGUGUACUUUGGGCCGGAAAUGAUGGAUGGACUGCCCAUUUUCACCCUCGAGUGAAUAAGGAAAUAUAAACAUACGCAUGUCAUGUGUGUGUAGUUGAUCCCGCCAUUAAUUGUGGUUGGAUCCGGCAACGCAAAGUAACAUCAAUAAGUGCGGAUUUCCGAUUCUCUUGCUGAGGGCGUUGCUGUUGCCAAACCUUCUCAUAGUUGGGUAUGGUAAAAAGCGGUGGUAAUUACUGUAUUUUGAAAGGAGGCUGGAGUAACUUGUUCUUGUCUGAAAAGCGACUGAUAUCAAUGUAAUCUGUACUCA